GUCUCGUUGUGUGUUCUUGACUACGUCAGCGUCAGCUGUGCUAGCGUGUAGUUCAUAGAAAAAAAAUCUGGAGCACAAGUAAAGGAACACCGCCUGCCAGACGGACACACAACCCCAGCGAGUACUGCAGUCGGAAAGCGAUCGUGAUCGUUACCUACAGUAGGCUAUAUAUUUAUGGAGCGCACUAUACAGCAAUCCACAAUGAAGUAGAUCAAUGUAGAGGAAUAGAAGGCUAUGUUUGCAUUUUAUUAAAAACAUUAACACUAGAGCAUAGCAAGCUAUCUACCACCCCACGAGCUGUGCUGCCUUUUGUCGCUGGGAAAACCAAAGGAGGAAAGGAUUUAUCAACAAGUUCCCACCAUAAGUGGAAUGACCACCGUAGGGUCCCCGUGUCCUGCCCUGACGUGAGCGCUCUCUGUACUCUGUGUGAGUCUCCUUUGUGGAGGUGAGGCGCUGUGUCUUGUGAUGCCUGCUGUGGCUGAGGGCAAACUGGACCAUCUGGCUCGCACAGACGCUACCAGAGCCGAGGCCCUGUGCUCAUUUACGCCCCAAAUGAAGCUCGUCUCCACUUCAGCUGCCCCAGGGAGCACAGGAGCAACUCACUAAAGUCAUCCAGACGCUCGGGUCAGCUGCGAUCUCCAUGGUCGUGCAGGUAGCUGAUGGAAGAUCAGGCACUCCGACAGCCCGUCAUGGUCUCCAGGCUGCCCAAGUUUGGCUCCAGACCCCCAGGGGGCGCCCACCAGCCCGUGCCCAACGGCUCCGCCAUCCCCUCUGUGCCCGCCGGGGGCAAAGCACUGGCACCAGCGCGGCAGAAUGGCAUAGUGCGCCCACCCCCCACCCUCUCCUACAAGUGGAAAGAGAAGGUGGAGCCUGAGGAGGGGAGAGCUGGAGCUUAUCGCCCCCAGCACCAGCAGAGGGCGCCCAUCACGGCGCGGGAGAUAAAGAGGCCAACGGUUCCCGUGGCGAUGCCAGUGCGUCGCUCCGCGCCGUCCGUCGCCAGUCCCUUCUACAGAGCUACCCAUCAGCCCGCCCAUCAGCCCGCCCCCUCGCGCCUCGUGGCCAAUCACGGCCUGUCGAACGGCUUGAUGCCAGGUGCCGCUCACGACGGCCUGUCCAGGUCCAGCGACAGCCUCCGCCUCCUGCCGCCGGACCACAUGGUUCGCUCGCAGAGCUUCAGUCACAUGACGCGGGGACCCGGCUCAGGGGCUGCCCUGAUCCCCCGCUCCUACUCCUUCAACCAGGAGCUGCCCCGUCCGAACGCCCGACUGGCGUCGUCUGCCCGCUCCUCCAUUGCUCUGCCCGUCCCCGUGCUCAACGGAGCCAGGGGGGGCAAGACCACUGGCAUUGCUCGUCCGUACCCAGCGGGCAGCUUACUGCUGGCCCCAGCCAAUCAGAAGAAGCCCCUGCUCACUGGACCAGCCCCCAACAAGCCCUCGGCGCUCAGCUACAGGCUGAUGAGGCCUUCACUCAUCCGACAGCCCCGCCCGACGCCCAUCGGGAGGGCGCAGGAGGAGCCGGUGAAGGAGCAGAAGGAGUUGAAGGAGCAGAAGGAGGUGAAGGAGCAGAAGGAGGGAUCACAGGGGGCAUCUGCGGAGGAUGGCCUUGUUGCCCCACACCCCAGCUGCCCCAUGAAGAGCUCCACGAGCCCCACUGCUGCCCCCACAGAGCUCUCAGAGCUGCCAGCCCAGCCCAAAGCAGCCGAGGCCAGAGCAGAUGAGCUCAGAGAUGAAGAUGUCAAAGCAGAUGAGGCCAGAAUAGAGGAUUCCAGAGAUCAGGAUCAAACAGAGCUUGAGUCCCUAGUAGCUGAGUUCAGACUAGAUGUGAUCAGAAUAAUGGAUUGCAGAGAACAGGAGUCCAGACCAGAUUGCCCGUUAAUGCAUCCUGAAUUAGACAAGGCUGAAGCAGGUGAACCCAGAGCAGCAGAUCUUAGUAUAAUCAAGACCAGAGCAAUCGAUCCCAGAGUGGAUGAACUAUCACCUGACGAGCCCAACGCCAAUGACUUCAGUGCAGCGGCAGACAGGGGUGAUCUCCAGGAGUCGUCCCCAGGCAAGAGCUGUGAUCUGGGGGCCGAGAGGGCGGAGGGAGUCCCUGAGCUCUGCGUCACCUCCGUCACAGGCGAGCCCCUGGAGGACAUGUCCCUGUCCUCCACCUCCUCCUUGGAGCGCACCCACGACGACACCAGCGAGGAGUACAUCGACGACUUCGACAACCUGGGCAACGGGGGCGGGGCGCUGCUGCUGCCGCCUCCCACCCACGACGAAGGGCUCGUCCAAUCAGAUCCGCUGUCGGAGGACAACACGCCGGCCAGCCGGCAGCAGGAUGUGUGCUCAGUGACCAGCCUCCACAGCUUCCUGUCCGAGUCGGUAGACUGGGGAGAGAUGGGACUCACCGGUGGUAAGGAGGCGUUCUCGGUGCCGGGUGUGGGGGUGUCGAGUGACGGCGUGUUCCGGGACGGCUCGUCUCUGGACCUGUCUCCCUCGGAUAGCUCGGGGGCCACCUACAUGUGGGACGACGAGGACGGCCUGGAGCCUCUAGGGGGCGCUAUGAUCCCCUGUCACAGCUACGACUCCGACCUCAACAGCAUGGACAUCCUCAACAAUCUGGACAACUUGGAGCCCUGCGACCUGGAAGAAGAUGACCUCAUGUUGGACGUGGACCUGCCUGAGGACGCCUCCCUGCACAGUGAGGCUGAUGGGAGAUGCCACUGGAGGAAGAUGCAGCAGCAGCUGUGGGCUAGACAGGAGCUCCUGCACAACAACAAUAACAGUAGAGAUGGGGUUCUGGAGACGCUGGAUGCUCUAGAUGGUCUGGAUGCUCUAGAUGGUCUAGAAGUUCUGGACGGGCUGGACGAGCUGGACGUUCUGGACGUUCUGGACGUGGAUCACGUGUCUCUGGACGAGCUGACCCUCCAGCACAUGGCCCAGGACUGCACCUCAGUCAAGAAUCAGCUGCUCCAGCUCAAACAGCUGCUACAGGUGGAGGAAGCCGACUGCAGUGAUGAAGGCGUGGCCUCAUCUGAUGCUUUCACUCCAGACUUAUCAGAGGAAGUCAGCUGUGACCAGCAGGUGCAGGAGCUUCUGAUGGAGAUGCAGAAGCUGAGAGAGGAGUUGAGGAACAAAGACAAGAUGAUCGCCCAACUUACCCAACAAAUGCAGAGUGUCCCUGAAGAGGUGGAGGCCAGCAGGUGUUCUUGUCACCUGAGCAAGUCUGAGGUCCAGACGGGCACACGACCCCUGCACCAAGAUGGCACCACCCAAACACCGUGGAGAGGACACGCGGGCCUGCUGCCCCCCCUCUCUCCUGCCCCCCUGGCUCUGCCCAAAGCAGGCCUACCCACGGGCUCGCCUGCCCUUUCUCCACCGACAGAGAGUGGAGCAUCUAGUGCAUUACUUCCGAGAUACAGCGUGCCUCAGACUCUACCGCCUUCCAGAGCCACUUCUGGUCCCCCCCCCCCUCAGAGUGCACUAGUACCCCCCCUCCACACCCAGCAGGAGAGCUCCAGAGGGGGGGUCACCACCACCACCCUCCACACCCAGCAGGAGAGCUCCAGAGGGGGGGUCACCACCACCGCCAUCGCAGCCCGUCCAGCCAAGCCCCAGUCCUGCCCUCCGUCCUGCCUCCACACCCCGUCCACGCCCGAGACCGCUGCACCCCAACACCCCCACGUGCACUGCCACCACACACCCAGCGGGAGGAGGGGACGGGGACGACCGGCCGGCCCCCCCAGACCGGAGCGUGCUCCCAGAGGCCCCCCCGUGGACCGAGCACAGCCCCCCCCCUUCGAGGCGGACUCGCCGGCGGCCCCCCCCGUCCCUCUCCUGAACGCCCGGCUGGUGUCCGCCGCAGAGUGUGGGGGGGGUCAGCGCUCCGGGCAGCAGCCCCCACCUGCCCGAGGGCUGCCCAGCUUCAGUGCGGCCCCCCAGGCCUGCAUGCCCAGUCACGUGCCAGCGGCCAACCCCGGCAUGGGCAGCGCCCGCUCGGCUCUGGUGCCGCCCAGAGGGUACCGGCAGAUGCCCCUCGCCACGUCCGGCCCCGCUAGAGACCUGGAGAACGGCUCAUCACACACACACACACACACGCACACGCACGCACGCACACUGGCACCGCCCAACAACUCACGCCUACCCAAGCCAAAGAGCCACUGACACACACACACGCAUGCACACACACACACACACACACACACACACACACACAGACACACACACACACCGAGAUCUUUGUUCCUUCAGUUCCUCAGUCACACAGAUGAAAUUGCACAUAAACCACGCACAACAAAGCGUCUGAGAUAUCACCUAGGAGCAAGGCCAGACAGCAACAUCCCUUACACACACACACACACACACACACACACACACACACACACACACACACACACACACACACACACACAUAUGUGCAUACCUGGUCCCCGCUAGCAUGAUCCUACUUUCCAAGCAGUGCAAGGUCAGCCAGGCUCUGCGUCUCAGUGGGUGUGCGGCGUCUCUGGCUCUGAUGUGUUUAGUAAACAUGGCGUUUAUCUGCGCCGCUCACACACUCUCAUCCAGACGCACACACGGUAGCACCCGCUGCACAAGGUCACCCAAUAAACACAGAGCUUUUUAUUUA